CUUAAGUUUCUCUCUGCUAGCAAUGAAUAUCGAAACGUGAACUUUAGUAACUGAAACUUUUAAUUGUUGUAUGUCGGAUAUCAAAUGUAAUCAAGGAAACUAAAAAGUAUAUAUUAACGAUAUGGUCAUGAAGAUACCAGAAGCUACUUCUUUUUUUUGGAAACAAGGUAGGAUAAAGACAUUUGAUAAUUGGCCUUUUAAAAUAUCUGACAAGUGUAACUCAGAAUGCAUGGCUUCUGCUGGUUUCUAUACUAUUGGAAAUAGUGAUGAACCAGAUUUAGUAGAAUGUUUUAUCUGUGGCAAACAACUGGAUGGUUGGGAGCCUGAUGAUGAUCCAUGGAAUGAACAUUUAAAACAUCAAUCAAAUUGUUCAUUUAUCAAAUUAAAUAAACAAGAUGAAAAAGAUUGGACAGUGGAUGACUUAUAUGACUUAUAUAAAAAAUUCAAAAUAAAAGAAUAUAUGUAUGGUGUAAAUACAAAAAUUAACAUGAUAAAGGAAGAAGCAGCUCAAUUGAAAAGUGAACUAUCCUCUUUAUAUAAAACAUCACGGAAGAAUAAAAAAACUACUGGCUGAUUAUGUUGAUUUCAUGCACACAUACACACACAUAUAUAUAUAUAUAUAAUAUGAAAUGAUUUUUAAUUCCUAUCAAAUUUCUACAAUUUUAAGAUUAAUAAUAAUUUCUAUUUUAUAUAACAGAAAUUUGGCAAUAUUUUGUAGAUGUCUAAAUUAUAUUUUCUAUCAAUUUUAUAAUACGAAUAUAUUACAUAGUAAGUUUCCAUUGUAGGUCUGUAUU